AUUGACCCAUCUCGGGCAUUUACUGUCUAUACGCGUCUUGUGAGAACCAUUCACCUUCUUCCUCAUCUGCUACGCUUGCAAGGUGUAUUCGCGGGUGCCAGAACUACGGAUGUGGGAGCGCACGCUGCAGGAUCUCAUUCGAGGGCUUCGAGCCAACAAGAAGGAUGAGGCCAAGUUCAUUGCCAAGGCCGUCGAGGAGAUAAGACGUGAAAUCAAGAGCGAGGAUAUGGAGCUCAAGGCUGGUGCAGUACUGAAGCUCACCUACCUUGAUAUGCUCGGUCAUGACAUGAGCUGGGCCUCAUUCCACGUUGUAGAAGUCAUGUCAUCGCCCAGAUUUCAUCUCAAAAGUGUUGGAUAUCUCGCAGCCGUCCAGUCGUUUGACCAAGAUACUGACGUCCUGAUGCUGACGACGAAUUUGCUGAAGAAGGACUUGAUUUCAACGCCAGCUGAUAUCGCAGUAACUUUGAAUGGAAUCUCUCAUAUUGCUACUCCGGAUCUGGCCCGAGAUCUUGCGCCAGAGCUCAUCAAAAUGCUGAGCCAUUCACGCCCGAAUAUUCGAAAACGCGCAGUCGUCGCGUUGUUUAAGGCAAUGCUUAAAUAUCCAGAGAUAUCAACCCAGGGAAUAUCGAAGCUAAAGGAACGAUUAGAGGAUGCAGAUCCCAGUGUCGUUGCUGCAACUGUGAACGUACUCUGUGAACUAGCGCGAAGGAAUCCCCAGGAUUAUCUUACUUUGGCGCCUGUCCUGUUUCAUCUAAUGACUACUUCAUCUAACAACUGGAUGCUGAUCAAAAUCAUUAAACUAUUUGGUUCCCUUUCUCCUCACGAACCUCGCCUAGUCCGCAAGCUGCAACCGCCCAUAACGGAGCUCAUAUCGACAACGUCGGCCAUCUCUUUACUUUACGAAUGCGUGCAUACGUGCAUCAUUGGAGGAAUGCUCAGAGGGCCUUCUGGUGAUUCUCUAGCUCGAUUGUGUGUUUCCAAGCUCGCAACAUUCAUUCAAGACGCGGAUCAGAACCUGAAGUACAUUGCUCUCCUUGCAAUGGUCAAGAUCGUCCCUUCUCACCCCUACCUAGUGGCUGAAUACCAAGACACUAUUCUAGCAAGCGUGAGCGACCAGGAUAUCAGUAUCCGCAUGCGUGCUCUUGACUUGGUAUCGGCCAUGGUCAAUCGAGAUAACCUUCAAUCGAUCGUGCAGCAAGUUCUCUCGCAUCUAGUAUCCGACACAACAACGCCAAUACCAACUGCCUCGCAGUCUCUUGCUCAGCACCUAAUACCUUUGUCUCCACAGAGCGCCAGACCUCACAUUCUACCAUCACAGUCCAAGGCGUAUCGACUUGUCCUUUCACAACGAAUCCUCACCAUGUGCUCUCAGGACACAUACGAUAAUGUCACAAACUUUGAAUGGUACCUGUCAGUCCUCGUCGAUUUGGCCCAUGUCGCCAAUGUCGAUGUUGGAUCCCAAAUUCGAGACCAGCUGGUUGAUGUGGUGGGACGUGUUCGAGCAGCACGGCGAUAUGCUGUGAAGCUCAUGUACACACUGCUUAUCGACGAUACGAUGCUUCGGAAUGCUUACGAUGAGGGUAGUUGCUCUGAGGUACUAUGGGCAGCUGCUUGGAUAUGUGGUGAAUACUGCAGUGAGCUGGCUGAACCCCAGAAGCUGCUUCCCUAUCUGUUGCAGCCCGAUAUAUCGCGUUUGUCGCCCGAUAUCAUCGCUGUUUAUAUUCAAGCAGCAACAAAGAUCUUUGGAUUUUGGGCCACUGAAGUUGCGCAGCGUUGGACUGAGGACGAUCUGCCCGAGGUGAAAGACCUUGUUGCGACUUUUAUAAGUCGAGGAAGCGAGUUUGUCAGCAGUCCUCAUAUAGAGGUGCAAGAACGGGCAGCGAAUACUAUACAGCUCUUCCGCUUCAUACAAGCGGACCUUGACUCACACCAUCCGAUACCGGAGACGUCAUUUGGCGAGGCCAGCUCGUCAUUCGAUCCUAUUGCCGAGCCUCGUUUUCCUAAGAGUCUUUACCUCAUCCAGCCUCUCUUCAGCACGUAUCAACUCAACCCAGUCGGUACCGCAGCGCAGGAAAGCGUCCCAGUACCGGAGGGUUUGGAUCUGGAUGCGUGGAUCGUUCCGCCGCCGCCAAAGCCUAAUGACGAGCUCAACGGUAAAGUAAGGAAGAGCAAGAAGGGAAAGGAAAAAGAGACGAACGGUGCAAGGAGUAAGAAGAAGCGGAGGGAGGGCGACGGCCUAUUGUAUGAGGACGUGUUGACUCCUGCUGUUAUUGAGGAGACCGCGGAGGAUCGUGCAGAACGAGAACGGCGCAAGGCGGAGAGACUGAAGCAGCUCAAAGAUGACCCGUACUACAUCAUUGAAGACCAACCUACUCCCCCUGAUGAUGUAGAGUUAAUACCCGUCGUUCAACUUGAGGGGAUGCCAUCCCUGGCAGAACCAGACAUUGUUGAUCCGUUGAUACCCACACUUCGCACCAUAUCUGAAGUAUCCUUGGAACCGAUCGUCAUCGACAAAGAUGGCGAAAUGCCUCAGGGUGCUGUGGUGAAAUCAACACCGCCAACUCCCAGAAACAUAUCAACACCUUCGCGGGGCACACCGCCGCCACCGACAUCAUCUUUCGCUCAAUAUGAUGUGCCGGAGGAUGAUCCUCAGACAAGCGCCCCGGAACCUAUAAAGGUUACGAGGUCAAAGAAGAAGAAGGCGGGAACGGGGAAGAAGAAACGGACGCAAGUAAUAUCUGAACAGUCUUGAUACAAUUGGACUGUAAUCUUUACAUAUCACAGACCUAGUGUGGUACAUAACCAAGACAAAACCAAGCCCCCCUGGCUCGUAAGAUGAUGUCUAUCAUGCCGUGCCAAGUGCUAAAUGGGACCGCUUCACGAGUUUGAUACAAUUCGAGGAUAAAAGAGGCACGCCAUGAUACAGGGUCCCGGCCACGGUCAUUGAUCCGGCAAACUCCGAAGCGGAACUCCAUGCCGAGCAAAGGACAGAAAUACAACAUGGCAUUGUACCAUUCGCAGCGAUAUCUG